UUCGGGGAAGACGGGCAGCAGCCAGGACCGGGGCCGCCGCCGCAGCAGCAGCAGCAGCCUCCGACGACGACAGCGACGGCGACAGCAGGAAAGAUUUCAGUCUUUUGAAGGAGGCCUCCUUGUCUCUGGUGACAUGUCAAAAGAGAUGGCUGCAGGAAUCAAGGUGUGAAACAGCUGAAAAGAUGACUGUUGGGGAACAGCCAGAGUAGAGAUGACAGACGGUUGCCAUCUUUCCUACUGAAGUUGUUGCUAAGUGAAAUAAUCUGGAUUGAUCACAUAAAAAACAAACAUGAAAACCCGACAUGUUAGAAGGGGCACAUUCCAAAGGGAACCUGGGCUUGUGCGAUGCUUAUCUGAUAACACACAUGGCUGUAUUUUGCUAUGCUGAACAAGUUUAUUCAAGAUAACCAGGGCACUUAGAAGAGUUCAGAGUUGGAAAAAAUGAGUAAAUGGUCGAGUGGAAUAUUUUCCCCCCAAAAGAAAUCCUUUGAAGAACUAUAUUCUGUUGGCCAGUGCGCUUGGGUGAACCUUUGGCUGACGUUUUGAGCACGUUCCAGAAGAUUUCAGCUACUCGCCUUGUACUGGUGUCUAAAACAUUUUGUAGCAUGAUUAUGUGUGGCGAACAAAACAUGGCUAUGAAACUGUCAAGCACUUGGUUAGAGCCUGUCAUGAUUGAAUUAGUAACAAGACGCACAUUGUGCAUUUCUCUAUACACAACAAGUUCUUACACCUUGUCUGUAAUGCCCUCAGUAAACAGAGGAAAGGAAGUCCCGGACGCAAGUUGUUGCUGUUUCAGUCCUUUGUGUUUAAUGUAUUGAAAAAGGUUUGUGUAUAUAUGAAAAACAAAAACAGUGACAACUAUCAGGCACACACAGAUUUUGAACCUGACAAUUGUGCAUCUGUGUGCAUCUUCAAUGUAGACCACUCAUCAUCUGUAAACCAUCCUAUCUGUAUCCCCUGUCAUGGAUUUCAGUCACACCCUUCUCCUUUGUCUUCUCCUAAUAGACUGCAAGGGCAUAAAAGCUAUGAAGGAACUUGUGAAGUCUCAGAAUCCAAAUACAGUCAACUAGGUGGUCCUAAGCCUUUUGAGUGUCCUAGUAUUCAAAUUACAUCUAUCUCGCCUAACUGUCAUCAAGGAAUAGAAGCCAGUGAAAAUGAAUUGCACACAAACGGCCCUCAAAAUGAAUAUCUCGAAAGGCCUUCAAGGGACCACUUGUAUCUUCCUCUUGAGCCAUCCUACCGGGAGUCAUCCCUUAGUCCAAGUCCCGCUAGCAGCAUUUCCUCUCGGAGCUGGUUCUCAGAUGCCUCCUCUUGCGAGUCGAUUUCUCAUAUUUAUGAUGAUGUGGAUUCAGAACUGAAUGAAGCUGCUGCUCGAUUUACCCUUGGCUCACCUUUGGCAUCUCCUGGGGGUUCUCCAAGGGGUUGCCCAGUGGAUGAGCCUUGGCAAGCAUCUUAUGGAUAUGGGCAAGUCUUAUCACCUAGGCAAUCGCCGUGUCAUUCUCCUAGGACUAGUAUCACAGAUGAAAACUGGCUUAGCCCUAGGCCAACCUCAAGACCAUCAUCAAGGCCUACCUCACCAUGUGGGAAACGGCGGCAUUCUAGUGCUGAGAUCUGUUACAUUGGUUCCCUUUCUCCUCACCAUUCUCCAACCCCGUCACCAGGACACUCUCCCAGGGGAAGUAUAACAGAGGACACGUGGCUAAAUUCCUCUCUCCAUGGUUUGACUCCUGGCCUCUCACCUUUUCAGUGUUGUGCAGAGACGGACAUCCCUCUUAAAACAAGAAAGACCUCUGAGGAUCAGACUGCCAUUAUAUCAGGGAAAAUAGAGCUUUGUCCUGAAGAACAGGGCAAUUUAUCACCAUCCCUUGAAGCUGCAAUAGAUGAUAGUUCUGGAUCCCAGCAUACUUUAAAAAAAGACGUGUCUGGUGACCAAUUUCUUUCUGUUCCUUCACACUUUACCUGGAACAAACCAAAGCCUGGCCAUACUCCUAUUUUUCGCACAUCAUCGUUGCCUCCCUUAGACUGGCCUUUGCCUACUCAAUAUGGACAGUGUGAAUUGAAAAUAGAGGUACAACCAAAAACACACCAUAGAGCACAUUAUGAAACAGAAGGCAGCAGAGGAGCAGUAAAAGCAUCCACUGGUGGACAUCCUGUAGUGAAGCUCUUGGGUUACAGCGAAAAGCCAGUAAACCUACAGAUGUUCAUUGGAACAGCAGACGAUCGUUAUUUACGGCCACAUGCUUUUUACCAGGUGCACAGAAUCACAGGGAAAACAGUUGCUACUGCUAGUCAAGAAAUAAUAAUUGCUAGCACAAAGGUUUUGGAAAUUCCACUUCUUCCUGAAAAUAAUAUGUCAGCCAGUAUUGAUUGUGCAGGUAUUUUGAAACUACGCAAUUCGGACAUAGAACUUCGUAAGGGGGAGACAGAUAUUGGAAGAAAAAAUACAAGGGUGCGGCUUGUAUUCCGAGUACACAUUCCCCAACCGAGUGGAAAAGUCUUGUCCCUUCAGAUUGCUUCAAUACCUGUUGAAUGCUCCCAGAGAUCGGCCCAAGAACUUCCUCAGAUAGAGAAAUACAGCAUCAAUAGUUGUUCAGUAAAUGGAGGCCAUGAAUUGGUUGUGACUGGAUCUAACUUCCUGCCUGAAUCAAAAAUAAUAUUUCUUGAAAAGGGGCAAGAUGGACGGCCCCAGUGGGAGGUGGAAGGAAAAAUAAUCCGGGAAAGAAGUCAAGAGUCUACGAUUGUUCUUGAAGUUCCUCCGUAUCACAACAAAACAAUUACGGCUGCUGUCCAGGUGCAGUUCUAUGUUUGCAAUGGCAAGAGGAAAAAGAGCCAGUCUCAGCGUUUUACUUACACUCCAGUUGUACUGAAACAAGAGAACAGAGAUGAAAUGGAUUUGUCUUCGGUUCCAUCACUGUCCCUGACUCAUUGUACAGGCGUCAAAGGACUUUCUUCUCUCCAAACUCAACUGCCUUCCCCCGAUCCAGGGCUCUCACAUGAAACUUUACUUUCUACUUCACCCAGGAGCCUUGUAUGCCCUAUUCAGCAACCAUACACGCCCAUGGUGUCCUCAGCAGUAUCCCCAUUGUCACACAUUCAAGGUAGAAAUAUUAGUCCAGGUGAAGAGCAUUCUGUUUUGCCCCCAGGUGUAGUUCACCAGUCUUUUCAGGUAACACCAACAUCUUCUGUGAGGCCUUCCUACCAGCCUAUGCAAUCUAAUGUUCUAUUUAAUGGACAGCCUGGUCUUCCCAUUAACUCUGCCUCCUCCAGCCAGGGAUAUGAUGCAGUUUCAUUUCAGCAAGAUGCAACUGUACCUCCGCUAAUAAACCUUAGCUGCCAAUCUCUGCCACCAAUGCCGUAUCAUUCUUCGAAUCCAGGUUCAGUGUCAACUUCAGCUGGAACAGGCGGGCAUCCUUCAGCACACCCAGUUCAGUCAAGACAAUCUUCACCUCAUCUGCAACCGGUGGGGUACCAUUGUCCAAAUGCUCAGCCAGGUUCAGUCUCCUCUGCAAUGACUCAGUCCCUUGGACACCCUUCCGCACAGUUGCAGCAAGUCACUUACCAUUCUUCAAAUCAAGGUAAUAGUCCAUCACCAUCACCAAAAUCCUCUCAUUCUUUGGUCCAUUCACCACGGUCUGGGCCAUCUUCACCACAGUUGCAGCCUUUGCCUUACCAGACUCCUAGCUCAGGACCUGCCUCAUCUCCUCCUCCAACUACUGUUAGUCACUCUGGACAACAGUCCCCACAGGCACAUAGCCCAGGUUUGGGAGGAAUUGCUGCAGCUUCAUCUUUGAUGCAUCAUAAUAUAUGUGAUACAUCUCCAUUUUCAUCAGAGGGGUCAGAUGUUAACAUUAAGCCUGAACCUGAGGAUCGAGAAUUGAAUUUUCAGACAAUGGGGCUGCAAGACAUCACUUUAGAUGAUGUGAAUGAAAUCAUAGGAAGAGACAUGUCUCAGAUCUCUGUUUCCCACGGAGCAGGAGUGACCAUCCAUUCACCACAUGCAUGCUCAGCAUCCUUGGAGGCAGGAAUGUCCGAUGGAGUUCCAUAGCUAUUUAGGCUUAUGAAUUAAGCAAUCCAGAGAACUUCGCACUUUCCCCCUUAAAAAUGCUCCAUCCCUUCACUAGAGUUCCUGUGCUUCCGACUUUGUGGCCUUGAUGAUCUGGAACCGUGGAUCCUUGCAGAGCUGUUCUGGGGGAUAGCGGGGUUACCCUUCUCACUUAGGGACAAAGCAUCCUAAUUCUACCCUUUUAGGAUGCUGUAAAAUUGUUUUGUAAAAAUGAAUACGAGACACAAGAUACUUUAACCAUGACAAAAAACGUUACCAAUGAGCUUUGCUUGUUUUGUGCAUUUAAUAGAAUUCUUUUAUAUUAAGUACUUAAUUGUAUGGAGAAAUAUAGUUUUGCUCUCAAUCUGUGCAGUACUGAAUGUGGGGAUUUUUUAAAAAAAACACAUCUUAUAUGCUGCUUUUCCUUAGGAGUGAUAUUAGGAUUGUAAAAUAAAUUUGUAUAUGCAGGGGGAGGGAUCUUUUUGAAGAGCCUUUAAGCUUAUAUGGUUUUAAAGAGAACCUUUUUUUUAAUAAUGAAAUAUUUCAGAGGCACAACAUUAAUUGUCAUCUUAAGCCAAUGCCUUUGGAAGUCUUGUUGUAUAAAAGAUUGUUAGCAUUUUCUUUGGAUUUUUAGGAAGAAAAGCCAAACGUAGAUCUGUGUUCUUUAUACACUGAACAUCUUUGGUAGGCUGCAAAGAGACCAUUCCAUCAUGGAAGUAUUGGGAUUAAAAAAUACAUUCCAAAAUCUAACAUUUAUAACUUUAUACUCCCCCCCCCCUUUGCCGGUUCAGGCCCCUACUGACAAAAACAGCUUUACUUGUUUGGAACAGUUUCUACGAAUGCAUAUUUUUAGAGAGACAAUUAAGAUUUUGGGGAUUUUUAUUUUAAAAAAGCCAUAAACCUUAACUGUUUUCAGCAAGGUUUUGAAAUCCCUCAGGUAGGGUUUUUCACGCAGUCUGUGUCUUUUUGUAUGUUAGAUAAAAAAAAACCCUGAUUAUUUAUAUCUCUUGUGACUAAAACUUGCUUCUUAACCUCUUUUCUCGAUGACAUUGUGAUGCUCCAUUGUCUGAGACAAGGUGGGAAUCGUAUGGCUCUCCAGAUAUUGUUGACCUACUACUGCCAGCAUUCUUCACCGUUAGUUAUGCUGAGUUCGGAUUCUGGGAGUUGCGGUGCAACAACGUCCGGAGGGCUGCAGAGUCCCCACCGGUGUCUGAAAAAGAUGAAUCCCAGCAUUCAGUAAGGGGGAAGGUAACAGACUUUGAUUGAAUCAGUGAAACCCAUUGUAGACCUUGACAAAUUCUCUAAGCCCUUACGCUGUCAAAGAUGUGCUCAACCUUGCUAAUACUGUAGAGUCAGUCUUCGGAGGCAUUGGCUGCCGUGAACUUGUUCAAGCAGCAUUGAAAUUCAUGGGGAUUGUACUUCCUAUUACAACUUCCAGCUGCCCACUGUCAAGGAACAAUUGGAGGUCUUUAAACAGAGGCUGGAUGGCCAUCUGUUGGCGAUGCUUUGAUUUGAUUUCCUGCAUGGCAGGGGGUUGGACUGGAUGGCCCUUGCGGUCUCUUCCAACGCUAUGAUUCAUGCCAUGUCUUUAGAAUCUCAGGCCUUUAGUUAGAAACAACAGAGUUGAGAUUGCAGUUGAAACUGCCUAGUGUCACCGUUUCAUAUUAAUAUUUCAUACAGUGCUGUAACUUGGAGGAGCCUAUCUGAUUUGGAACAUGCAGGAGUAUAUAGGAUCCAGAUACAUAAGAUGGGAAUCCCCACUCGAUAGACUUGAUUUCCGUUGAUGAUGUUUCUGAAAAAUCAAGCUUAUUAACCUUUGGAUAACUGAACAGAAUGGAAGAUGCCAACUGGGAAAGAAGAUUGAGGGAACCUUUGGAAACCACAGGAUUCAGAUAAAACUGUGGGUUUUUAAAAAAUCUAACAACAAUGCAGUAUGUGAAAUGUUGAUGCUCUUUAGAGUGAUGAACAGCAAGUUUGUCACCAUAAUGUCUGCCUUGAGCACACUCCAGGAAACCUGACUAGGGCUGCAUCUGCACUGCAGAAAUAAUCUGGUUUGACACCACUUGAACUGCCAUGGCUCAAUGCUGUGUAAUUCUAGGAAUUGUAGUUGGUUGCGGCCCCAGAGCUCUACAAGGCAUUGAGCCACGGCAGUUCAAGUGGUGUCAAACCAGAUUAUUUCUGCAGUGUGGAUGUAGCCCAGGAAACCCUACGAGUUUCCUUUUCCUGUGAAAACGUGGAGCCUGUCUUAAGCCUCCUUUUAAUCAGGCAAAUGGGAAUCCAGUUGGCUGUAGUUUGCAAACCAAAUGAUGUAGUACCCUCUUGCGUUUAUUGGGCCAACCUGCCUUGAAUCCCUUUGUGGGAGAAAGGCAGGAUAUAAAUCCUUGAAAUAAAUACUGUAAAAUAUAUAUAAAACAAAUGGCCUGCCAAAAUUCGGCUUCUCCUUAGCUCCUGAGAAUAGCAGCUUUCUUUUGUGGUUACUAGAUUGCCAAGUAGAAAAAUUAGAAAUCAAAGGGCGUUGCUGAGAUGUGGAGAUGGUAGCCCCUUCUGCUGUUUCUUUGCAAGUCCAUCUUGUCUUCUGUUGACGGAGUUCAAACUGAUUUUUUAAAAAAGCUGAAUGAAGUAUGGAUAGUUAAGCGUGUAGCCCUUCACUCCUUUUCAAAGAGUACACACCUUUUAAUGUGUCCUUUACGAUGGCAGCUGUAUUGCCAUUUUACGGCUUAUUAUAGUGGGUUUCCAGCAACCAGCAUUUUUUGAAGUGAUUUCAUCUUUUGGAGCUUUCUGUGGCAUCUCGUGCCCCUUAAUGGUGUCUGAUACAACCUCUUUUCCCUAUAGGUUAGGGCUGCGAAUCAUGCAGCCUUCCAGGUGAUGCUGGACCUGCAACUCCCAGCGUUCCCAGGUGUGAUAUUUAGGGCUGAGGGGAGUUGCAAUCCAGUAAAUCCUGGAGUGAUGUGUGUUUUCCCACCUCUUCCUCCCGAGUCGUUUUGAGUUUGUAUUGUACAUAAAAUGUGGGAACCCAGACAAUCCCAAAUUGCUAUGCACUAAGUGAGCAAUCCUCCUAGGCCCACAGCGUUACCGCCUUUCUUGCAGAAGCCUAUUGAAAGGUACAGAGACCUCGUGGUGGUGGAUUUUUGUUUUUGGAUUGUUCACAGAACCUUCUGAUGCCUUUGAAUACCUUGAUGCCUGUAGAUGUAGAGAUGCUUUCCUAUUUAAAAGAGAAAUGUAGACUUUGGGUACUAAAAAAAAUAAUGGUUGUAUUUGCCUUGUAAAAGCUUCAGUACAAGGGUCUUAAUUUUAUUUUAUUUUAUUUGCUUGUGUGAUGCUGUAGGUAAGACUGUUAAUUUUGUGUAAUGUAGUGGAUAUAAAAGCACACAAUCUCCAUUGGACUAUGCAAUUUACAACCUUCAGCAGCAGCCUGUGACUAGCAUUUACCUUACUCGCCUCUCCUGCCUCCAAAUCUACAAUGGCUUUCUGUGCUGGUGUCCACUUAAAAAUAAAUACGACGGAAGGCAUUGAUUAACUCUUUUAUAGAAAGAACAGAGGCUUUUGUAAAUCAAAUGAGGAGGCAGUGUAUAAAGCCCAUUUGAUAUGGGCUUUAAAAGUGGUCUUGGUUUUACCAGAGUUUGGCCACAGUUUGGCAUUCAUUGUAAUAAACUUCAGGAAAAAUGGAACUGCCAUCCUUUCUAAACCAAAGAUUAAAGAAGAAGACAAAAAAAAAAAAAGACAAAUUUUGUUUGGAUGCAAACGAAUCUUGGGGAGCUUCUAUUUUUGAUACGCCGAAUGUAUGUCAUUCCUUGAGGUUUGGAGAUUGUUCAAAUUGAAAAUUUUAUAUUUAACAAACGUGGGACGAUAAUGAUUUAAGACUAAAGGUUACAUUCUAGAUGUUUACAGAGCCUUGUCUUGUAAUUUCAUGUACAUUUGUGUAUUAUUAAAAACAUUUUUGUAAGUUAUGAUUGCAGUGCUACAAGCAGAAAUACAAAGGGAAAAAAUAUAUAUAUAUGCAUUUUAGGCUCUUGAAUCAUAGUGUUGAAAUAAAGAAGGAAAUGCA